AUCCGGGUCGCCUCUUCAAUCGCGGGAGCGCAGCGCCAUUAUUCCCCCUUAUUGAUUGGAACAGUAUUUUUAAUCUGCACCUGCCGCCUCGCUGCUGGAGGAUCACCAUAUCAGUGCAGCCCAGUUUAUCUGGCGGCAACAGGUGCCGCCUCCUCGCCUCCCUUUACACUCCACCUGUCUCGCCUUCUCCGCGACAAACGCCGACCCAGAAAGCAGCCGUCAUUCAACGCGGCUGGUAUGCGGCUCCGCCGGGGGGCCGGCCGCUGCACGCAGCACCUCGGUCACCGGAUCGGCGGCAGCUGCUCGGCCUCAGGUGCUAUUUUCACUCUCAGGAUAAAGUGAUGCUCGGGCUCAGCGCGCCGGAGCUCGCAGACCCAGCGAUCCGAGCAGGAUGAAGCACGAGGGGUUCGCCUCUGACCUGGACGAGCCGGACAGCGGCAGCGACACCACCUCGGACGGGAGGUCCAACAGCGGAUGCAGCCCUCGCAGGGAGGAAGAGGCGGAGGCCGGCGGGGCGCGCUACUCGGAGGCUCGGAGGCGCACGAGGCGGCGGAGGUGCGGCGGCGGCAGCGGCGGCGGCGGCGGCGGGCGAGAGGCGCGCGCGUCCGGCGCGAGGAAGCAGAGGCAAGCGGCGAACGCGCGGGAGCGGGACCGGACUCACAGCGUCAACAGCGCCUUCAGCGCGCUGCGCACGCUCAUCCCCACCGAGCCCGCCGACAGGAAGCUGUCCAAGAUCGAGACGCUGCGGCUGGCCUCCAGCUACAUCUCUCACCUGGCCAACGUGCUGCUCCUGGCGGACGAGACCGGGGACGGACAGCCGUGUCUCCGCUACCACAACCUCCUGCACGGAGCCGCCGUGCUCAGCGCGCCCCCGCUGCGGCCCAUCUGCACCUUCUGCCUCAGCAACCAGAGGAAACUGCUCCGAGACGGCGGGAAACACUCCGCAGCUGUCUGACGUCAUCGAAGGAACGGCGCGACCCGUUUCUCUGUUUUGUAUGUACUUGUUUUUGACGAGCUGACUGCCACUGAUGAGCACUUUCUGGUUAUGUUUUGGUGGAACUGAAAGCUGAGCCAAUGUGUAAAGCUGCACCUGACCUGAAGGGGGGGGAGGGGGGUAUUUAUAUCCUACAAAUAGAAAAAAAAACAACCCAACAACUCCCCCCACCUUGUGUCCAGCGCCUAAAAAAAUACACCAUCAGUCACAUGGAGGUAACUGAAGCAACUGCAGUGGCUGCUGUCAGGUGACCAAGGUGAUGCUUAUUUUAAUGGCAAGGUUGUGCCGACACAUGGAAAUUGGGGGUGGGGGGUCACUUGAACAGGGUCUUAGUCACUUUAUAAGUCAUCGAAGACGGGGGUGGAGAUGGUUCGACCGGAACGUUUCUGUCGCUCACUGCUUUUUGCUGCGACAUGUUGGGUUUGUGCGACACGUCUGGGAUGAACCAUCCACACUUGGGCCCUGGACCUGCCAGUCAAAACAGGAAGUGCCCAAGAUGUGAAGUUGACUCUCCGCUUGACAAUUUCCAGUCAGAUUCUGUCUCAUAGCUGCACGUACUUUCUGAGCACAUUUGGAAAGACUCCCAACACACUUGUGCACAAAGUAUUGAACUCCACCUACUUACAUGAAGUGAUACAUGUUUACGUUUGCGCCGUUGCACAAUUUCUCCACGUGUUACAUUCGACAGUGUGGGCGAGCUUCUGAGCCGGACACCUCGAGUGCAGGAGGGGUAUUUUCGCGACAAUUUGGUGACGAUUUAUCUCACUACCUCAGACCAAAUUAGAACGGCCUACCUCUUCAACAGAUCGUGGAGUUUUUAUAUGCACUUGGAAUGAAGAUUUGACUGUGAAAAUGUAUUUUUGUAAGCAAAUAAAAGUGGAAACAAGAGUGAUCAUUUAAGUGCUACAGUUGAAAGAUACAACUUUAGAUAUCGACUUGGAAGCCUGAGGAGCUACACGCCAGACCAAAUUCCUUGGAGCACCAGAGAACGGCAUAACUGAGGCAGGUAAACCACUGUAAAGAACGCAGCA